CUUUUGCGCAUGCGCUCCUAAUGUAACAAGAUGGCGGAGAGUGCGGAACUGAAGCAAAUGGUAAUGAGCCUUCGAGUUUCGGAGCUCCAAGUGUUAUUGGGGUAUGCAGGACGCAAUAAGCACGGGCGCAAACAUGAACUAUUGACCAAAGCCCUCCAUCUACUCAAGGCUGGAUGCAGUCCCGCUGUGCAGAUGAAGAUCAAAGAGCUCUACAGACGGCGCUUCCCAACCAAAAUGGUUUCGCCAGUGGACCUGGCUCUGCCUGGUGUUCAUUCUGCUUCUGGCCUGCCUGCUAGCCUUGCCCAGCUGGGAUUUGACAGCCACGGUUCCCCAUCGCCUCUGCUGCCUGUGUCGUUACUCGGGCCUAAGCACGAGCUGAGCCUGCCUCACCUCCCCUCUGCCCUGCACCCUGUCCACCCUGAUGUCAAGCUUCAGAGAUUGCCAUUCUACGAUGUGCUGGAUGAGCUCAUUAAGCCAACCAGUCUGGCCUCAGACAACAGUCAGCGGUUCCAGGAAGCAUGUUAUGCCUUUGCAUUAACACCACAACAAGUUCAACAGAUCAGUAGCUCCAUGGACAUAUCUGGGACCAAAUGUGACUUUGCUGUUCAAGUACAGUUAAGAUUUUGUUUAUCAGAGACGAGCUGUCCCCAGGAAGAUCACUUCCCUCCAAAUUUAUGUGUAAAGGUGAACGGCAAACCCUGUAAUCUCCCGGGAUAUCUUCCUCCAACCAAAAAUGGAGUUGAACCAAAAAGGCCCAGUCGUCCCAUCAACAUAACUUCACUAGUUCGACUUUCCACCACGGUCCCCAACACGAUUGUGGUGUCAUGGACUUCAGAAAUUGGGAGGAGUUUUUCCAUGGCUGUGUAUUUGGUAAGACAGCAGUCAUCUGCGGUGUUAUUGCAAAGAUUACGCGCAAAAGGAAUCAGAAACCCAGACCACUCAAGAGCUCUGAUCAAAGAGAAAUUAACAGCUGAUCCAGAGAGUGAGAUCGCCACCACCAGUCUACGAGUCUCUCUUCUUUGUCCUCUCGGGAAGAUGAGGCUUACAAUCCCUUGCAGAUCAAUGACCUGCUCUCACCUCCAGUGCUUCGAUGCUACCCUUUAUAUCCAAAUGAAUGAGAAGAAACCGACUUGGGUGUGUCCAGUGUGUGACAAGAAGGCACCGUAUGAGCACCUCAUUAUUGACGGUUUAUUCAUGGAAAUCUUGAGUAGCUGCUCUGAUUGUGAUGAAAUCCAGUUCAAAGAAGAUGGAACAUGGGCACCUAUGAGGUCAAAGAAAGAGGUGCAGGAGGUGUCCGCGUCCUACAAUGGUGUAGACAGCAAUAUGUCUCGAACAGAAGCUCAUGAACCAAAAAGGGGAUCGACUGACAAUGGCAAGAAAGUUGACGUGAUCGAUCUGACUCUGGAUAGCUCUUCAGAGGACGAGCUCGAUGAUGAGCCUCCACCUAAAAGGGCUUGUCCUUCAAUGUCACCAGUCUCUCCGCCUCCUAACAAAGGAGUACUGAACCUACACAGCCAGGCCUCACCUGUGACCAGAGCUCCCAGCAUGCCCCCUGUGGAGACCAGUUACAUUCCUCCUCCUCCACCUCUCAUCCAGGACUACCGCCACUACUAUCACUCGAACAGUGACCUGCCAGAUCUGAAUUUCUUCUCCUUCCUCCAAGGUGACAAUCAUCAGCAUUAUAACAUGGUGAUGGCUGCUGCCGCAGCUGCAUCGGCCUCAGAGGACCCCGACCUCCUCCGUUUCCUCCCGUAUGGCUCAUCUCAGAUGUUGCGGGAGCAGCCGGGCACCCCUGGGAGCAGUGCGCUUGCGGCCACCAACGGAGGCAGUAACAGUGGUAGCACCAGUAGUUUGGUGUCUUCCAGCAGUCUGCGGGAUCGGGACAAAGACAGAGACAGCCACUCCAUCACAGGACUGUCAAGGUCCUCGGUGGAAGCUGCAGCAGCGGCCAUUUAUGGCUCCAUGUCUGACAUUAUCUCUCUUGACUAGACCCACACAGAACUGAGAGGCAAGAGAGACUAGAGCACAGGAGCUCUUUGUAAAUAAGGAAGAGGAAGAAGAAAGAAUACAGUGCUAUGUACAGAGAGGAAAAUCUAUUUUCAAUUUUACUUAUCAUAUGUAUAUAAACUUAGGACGCUUCUUGUCCGGUGAGUUACUUCAGUUGAUAUUUUUCUGUGAAUACUGAAGACUUUUUCACACCUCUUCAUGUGGUCCUUUGAUUAUAUUGUACCUUUUGUACCUGGUUUUUACAGUUUUGUUUGAUAUUCCAUGUCAACGGCAUUAUUUCAGUAAAAUGUUAUGUGCACACAACCCAAUGAGGUGACACCUUAUGGAAAAUUAUCUUUAGUAUAUAAAGAAAAUGGGCAUUUUAAAAUUAACUUAUACAAAAGGUGAGACACAGCAAAACAGGAACCCAUGGCACCGUUUUGGUCAAAUGUUUUGACAGCAGAAAGAUCUGGUGAUUGUUGCCAUCACUGUAGAUUUUUCUGUACGACAUUCAUGCUGUGGUCAUAUUAUUUUUAAGAAAUUAUUUAUGAUAUAAGUUAUGUUGGAUGUAUGCUGUUUUUUUAAGAAGCAUUCCUUUUGCCUCUAGGAACUGUUGCCACUAGAAAUGCAAGAAAGCAAACGCUAGAUCCUUCUGUUGUCAUAACUUUGCACUCUUAAAGCUUUUUUUCAGUCAAGUCAAAUCAAAUAUUAAGAAUAAUAUACUGUUCAGAAUCCACCUGAAAAUACAUAUGAAUUAGAAGUCUAUCAGUAUUGUAAAUCCAGGCUUUUUAGUGUGUGAAUGAAUGGUAUUAGCCUGCAAGCAGUCUCAUGUUGUCACAAUACUAUUGGACCUUAAAUGCACAUCUAACAUUUGCAAAAUAGUGUGAUUUUCUUUUAACUACAUGUGUUUUAUUUUUAAUGUAACACUUUGGGGAAAUACAGACAGAAAAAUCCACAACAAGGCUAGUUUCUGGUCCACUUUAGGUAAAUCUUAAACUGAAAGGCUUAAAAACUGUUAAAUGGGUGUUACAGGUGGAUUUAUAACAUUUCAUCAUGUCUAUUUGUUUGAUUUAGCACUUGCUGUUUAACAUUAAGGCUGUGUGCAGCAGUGAAACGUUCGCAGUUGCAGUAAACACUUUGAGUAGUUUUCAGCCUUGCAUGUCUGCAAAUGACCUGAAAGCUCUUUAUUUAAGUGCUACGCUGUUUUUAGUGAGUCUACGGGGCGAGUAGCUUUUAUUUAAAGUGUAUUUUCAACAGCCUGUUAGUGAACUGUGAUAGCUUCAUCUUUGAGUGUAUCACAAAACUCAUUUUGACCCAGAAGUUGAAACUAUUGAAGUAAUUAUGGACACCUCCCUUCCCCUUAUUUUUCUUGACUUGUGCUUACAAUUAGGAUUAUUUAUUAUCAUAUAUAUUUUCAGCAUUUGUUUGAUUUGUGGAUAUGCAUUGCUGUCAUUGUAUGUGAUAUUUCUUUUGUAAUUAUAUAAUUAAUGCUAUUUAAGGAUGUCAUUGUUGCUUGACAUGCAUUGUAACAUUUUCUGUUUCUCUGUCUGUUUUACUAUCAGAUGAUGUCAAUUACUCAAGAGAGGCUUUGAUCAUUUUGAACCGCUUCAAGGUCUACUGUGCUGUUUGAUAUUUGUAAGAA